AUGCCGUUGGUGAAGCGCAAUAUCGAGCCCCGCCAUCUUUGCCGGGGGGCCCUUCCUGAUGGGGUGACCAGCGAGUUGGAGUGUGUGACCAACAGCACUUUGGCUGCCAUCAUUAAACAGUUGGGAAGCCUCAGCAGACAUGCUGAAGAUAUUUUUGGAGAACUCUUCAACGAAGCCAACAGCUUUUAUUUGCGGAUGAACUCCUUGCAGGAACGGGUGGAUCUUUUGGUGAUCAAGGUCACUCAGCUGGACUCCACCGUAGAAGAAGCCUUUGAGCUGUUGAUCCGGUCUUCUGUUUGCCUGGUGUUGAUUUUGUAG